AACCGAAUUGAAUCCUUUAAUUGACCGAGCAAUUGAAUUCCUCUCCGGGCUCUCUCUCCGUAAAGCUGAAUCAACCAGCAGCGCCCAAUCCAGCAAUGGCUGAAGAAGGGAGACCAGAUACUCAGCUCUUUCAGCUCCUCUCGCAUCUUCUUCAAGAGGUAGAGUCAUUAACCAAUCAGGAAGAAGUUGAAUUGCGUGCAAAAAUUGAAGCACUUGGAUUAGAGGUUAGCAAAGUGCCAUCAAAGCCAUCUGAACAUCUUGACGAGCUGGAAAUAGCGAAGGAGUUGGACAAAUUAUCAGCUAAGUUGGAUGAUGUAGAUGAGAUGAUAUCCUCAACCAUGGCUUCAGACCCACAGGUGCAAUCUCUUUUGAGUAGUACUGCUGAUGUAUGGAUGCCGGUCAUCACAGCUACUUCUGAUGAAAGACGUACUUUUACAGUGCCGGCAGAAGAUGGUAACAGAGAAAACCAAGGGAAGAAUCCUGACUGAUGCUUGGGCUCUUAUUUCACUUUAUUGUGUUCCUCUCUUUUUUCUCUAAAUAAAUAACUCUUUUAUUUUCUUUCCCUUUAUUGUUGCUUGUGUCCAAAAAAAAAAAAAUGUUACAAUCAACAAUUGAGUAUGUUCUCUUUUAAGCGACUGUAUUUCUA